UUUUAAAUCAUGUUCGUAGUCCAGAGUAUUUUGCUGGUAGUGAUCAUUAAAGCUGUGUGUAGUCUAACCUGUCUUUCUAAUGAAGCGAAGGAAGACUUUGAAAAAUCGAGAAAAGCAGUGUCUGAUGUACAGGAUAAUAUUGGCAAAGUCAUAAAUCAACUUAACACUAUGAGCCAAAAGAUAAAGAAACUUGACACUGAUUUUAAAGCUCUUGGAAAAGAUUUACGUAAAACAAAAUGGCACAAAUAUAACGGUCACUGUUACUAUUACGGUUCCGACUCGACAGACUGGUUUACGGCUGAAAGAAAAUGUAGAGAAAUUAGUGGUUAUAUUGCCAAAAUUGAUGACAGAGAAGAAAACACCAACAUUGCAGCAAACAGACCACAUAGUGGUAAGGAUUACUGGAUUGGCCUGACAGAUCUCAAAGAAGGGAUUUGGCGCUGGACCUAUGAUCAGUCGAAAGCUGUUUUUAAAACUUGGCAAUCUGGUUAUGGUGCUAAGGGCAUAAAGAGUAAUUGUGUGAUGAUAAAUGGUAUUAAAACAGUCUGGGUUGAUUAUGACUGUCAUUACAGAGCUUUUUACAUUUGUGAAAGCAAUUUCUGUUUUUAAAUAAUCCAUAAAAGACGACCACUAUAGAAGAAAAGAGAAGAUAAGAUGACAUUGAAAAACUUUGUUGUAACUGUUGAAUAAAAUCAAACAAAUUAUUUAGAAAACCUUAUUUAUCUCUGCAGCUUUAAUAAGAAUAUGGAAAAUAUGUAACUAACAAUAUCAAUCACAAUCUGCACUGUUUAUGGAAUACUUGUAUGGUAUUUUCUCGGAUGUACACCCAUUGGUAAGACAAUAUUAUAAAUAUAUUUAUUAGAGGUAUUGGUCACAUGACGUAGUAACGGUCAAGUGAUUGUUCACUAUAAACACGUGUGUGUGUUUACAUCAAGCACAUGGUGUGUGUUUAUGUUCUAUUUGAUUGGAUGGCAUAUACCCGCAAUGCGGUUUUACGGGUAUAUGCGCUCAUGAGAUUCGUGAAAAGCAUGAUUAAGUAUUACUUAAGGGGUUCGUUUGAGAAAAUAAAGUUAUUCGAAGUUUGCCUAUAGUUAACGUAGCAGCAGUUCGUUAUUAUGUUUACCCACCCACCCACCCCUUUUAUGAGUUGGUUAUUGUUAAUGUGGGCAUAUACAAAUAUUACACUAUAUUAAUAUGAAUUUUUCCUCUUUUGUAGAUAGUUUUUGAUUGUGUUACUGUAUAUUCUAUUAUAUGAUUGGAUUGGUAGUGUGCUUGCUUGAAUUAAUAGUGAAGGACUUUAGUUUGAAGAAUUGUGAAUGUAAUUAAUAUUAAAGGCUGCUACACCUGUAGGCACACUUAUCCUAUUUAUGUGUUGUUUUAUUUAUUAAAUAAUUUAUAUUCGUUUGA